UGUUAAACGAUAGUGUUUAUAAAACCCUAAUAUUUAUCUCGACGCCCCAAGAUUCAUCUUUAUAUAUUAAUCAAUCAUAGUUUUAAGACUUGCACUGUGUUGAAAAAAAUAAAAUGGGUGCAUCAUGCUCAGCACCAGUUUCUUCUACAAUCAAGAAAAACUGGAGAGAUCAUCCUCCUUCUUCUUAUUCUCUCAAGAUUCACAACUUCUCACAAUUUGAGAAUUCUACUGCCUUCUCUGAUCAUAAAUACCAAUCUCGCCUUUUCUCUUCUGGUGGAUAUAACUGGAGAUUGAUCAUAUAUCCGAAAGGUAACGUAAAGGACAAUGAAAGUGGGUUUAUUUCUAUGUACGUGGAAUUAGACAGCACAAGCUUGACAGAAUCCACACCAACUGAAGUCUUUGCGGAACUCCGCUUCUUUGUCUACAACAAGAAAAAAAACCCCUAUUUUUUAAGUGUUAAAAUAAAGCGGUUCAGUGCACUUAAAAUGGCGUGGGGAUUGCGAAAAAUUCUUCCUUGUGAUACAUUCAUUAACCGUGAAAAUGGAUACAUCUUCGAGGGAGGUGAAUGUGAGUUUGGUGUUGAUGUCAUUGUUUCUUCACCUCUUACCAAUUGGGAAAUCCUCUCUUUUGAUGAGAAACUCUCUUAUCCCAAGUUCUCUUGGAGUGUUGAGAACUUUUCUCAGUUGAAAGAAAAGGAGUUUUACACAUCAAAAAGAUUUUCAAUAGGAGGAAGGGAAUGGUUUCUAGAGCUGUAUCCGAGGGGCAACGCUAGAGCAAAUGGCAAAUAUUUAUCCGUUUAUCAUAAUUUAGCUGAUAGUGAAACACUAAAACCAGAUGAGAAGAUUUUCACGCAAGUACAUGUGCGAGUUCUAAACCCGCUUGGAUCCAAUCACUUGACAGCCCAAAUGAACUGCUGGCACAACCACAAGGAAUCAAACUUUGUUUGGGGUUGGUAUCACUAUCAUUCUUUAGCUGAAAUUCGGAAGACUUACUUGGACAAACAAGACACGUUGAAUAUUGAAGCCGAAUUUAAAGUUGUUUCUGCCACCAAAUACUCUACCAUUCUCUAAACUCUUUUUUUUUUUGUUUACUUUUAAUUUAGAAUAAUAUUAUCAGUUAUCUGUUAUUCUUCUACGUACUAUGAGUAGAGUAUUAAGACACAAUGCUAUGUCUUGGACCAGUUUUUAAUUUUUCAUUCAUAUUCUCAUCUGGAUUCUAUUAAUUU